AUGCCCAUCAGCAGCCUCAAACGACUUCAUUUUGGGCACUGUGUGGUCUCUGUGGAUAUGUAUGAAAUACGAAAGGGCUUUGGAGAAAUCAAGGAAAUGACUCAGGCUCAAGACCAGUAUACAAGCAUUAGACUCUUGCACAGAUCAUAUUCUCUUCCAGAUACCAAGACUGAAGACAGGUGUUGUUUCUUUCAUUACUUGUUGGAAUUCUAUUUGGCAAAUGUCUUCAACCAAUGCCAAAUAUACAGCAACUUUCAUCAAAGGAGGGUCAGCCGGAUUGCCAACAAUUUCCUCACCGUGAAGAAGGAACUGAAUCUCUGUGAUACUGUUACAACAUGUCCUUGUGGGAAGGAAGCCAUCCACAGAUACGAACAAAUCCUGAGUCGUUUUGAAAGGAUGGACUCUCAUUCUGCAGCCCUGAAAGCACUUGGGGAGCUAGACAUCCUAUUGGAAUGGAUUGACAAGACUGAAUAG